CCGCCCCAACCUGUGAUGUAUGACAUCAUCACAGGUCCUACAUCUCCAGCACCUAGCAGUUCGGGCCAGGGGAGGAGACGGAAGGAGGGUAACAACAAAGAGACCUCCCUGUACCCUGUUCUAGUAAACAUAUGGAUGGGUGUGAGUGCCAAGUGCUUGCCAUGUGGCAGUCGAUCUUCUAAAACCUUUAAACCCAAGAAGAACAUCCCGGAGGGAUCACAUCAGUACGAGCUCCUGAAACAUGCGGAGGCCACGCUGGGCAGCGGUAAUCUCAGGCAGGCCGUCAUGUUACCAGAGGGAGAGGACCUCAAUGAAUGGAUCGCUGUGAACACUGUGGAUUUCUUCAAUCAGAUUAACAUGCUGUACGGCACCAUCACAGAAUUCUGCACAGAGACCAGCUGCUCAGUGAUGUCAGCCGGGCCCAGAUAUGAAUAUCACUGGGCAGAUGGCACCAACAUAAAGAAGCCGAUAAAGUGUUCUGCUCCCAAGUAUAUAGAUUAUCUGAUGACCUGGGUCCAAGACCAGCUCGAUGAUGAGACCCUAUUCCCCUCCAAGAUAGGUGUCCCUUUCCCCAAGAAUUUCAUGUCUGUGGCAAAGACUAUAUUGAAGCGGCUGUUCCGGGUCUACGCUCACAUCUACCACCAGCACUUUGACUCUGUUAUGCAGCUACAGGAAGAAGCACAUCUCAACACAUCAUUUAAACAUUUCAUUUUCUUUGUACAGGAAUUUAACCUGAUUGACCGUCGAGAGCUGGCUCCCCUUCAGGAACUGAUUGAGAAACUGGGAUCCAAAGACAGAUAAGCGGAGGGAGGGGUGAUCUUCCUGUGAGAUCUGGUCUCCUCUCACAGCACAUACCAGCUGCAAGCCUUUGUCAUAUAACCAUUAGCUACCUGAAGGAAACCGAUUACCACUGAAUUCCCAGAGGAGGUCGCCACUGGAAGCCGUCUUUUACAUAGAGAUUGCCUUGCGUUAUUUUUGUAUGAACUUUUAUAGAGAUGCUCUAAAGGAACACUCCACUAGAUGUGCAUUUAGACUCUUUCGUCUUCUCCACGUCUGCUGGUUUUCUGCUAUUGGGGAGGGCGGGGGUGAGAAAAUCUUAAUCUCCACAAUUUUUUAUCAUAAUUUUUAUUUUUUUUUGUCUGCUGCAAAGCAGCCAUUGGAUGUGGCCUUUCUAUACCACUGUAUUCACUUCUGCGUUACUAUUCUCCUUACUCUAUGUACAGUUUUAUAUUCUUUUGUUUUGAAGGCUUCAUGUGCAACAAACUUUAUUUUAAAGUUUUUUGUUUUUUUUUCUCCUUUUAUGGUCUGAUAUGUAACUGCUUUUAAGGGUAUCCUGUUCUGCAAUAAAAUGGGGAGGAACAGGUAGAGGAGACGGGGGCAUUAUAGGCCCGGGCUGGGGGGCGGGUUGGGUGGGGUUACUCUUAUUGCUCUGCCACGUCAGUCUUUUUAUUCCACUUACAUUUUUUUUUUUUUAAUAAGCUUUAGAUGUGAUGAAUUGACAUUGCAUUGAAUACAAGUCUAAUAGUCAAGAAUUUUGGAACAGCUUUCAACUUCUUGCAAUGAGUAUCUAUUUUUUUAAAUUUGCUACGGUAAAGACGAGAGCGCCGGCUCUCUAGGAUUGAAGUUGACUUGUGUUCUGUUUCAUUACGUGAAAAAUAAAAGUACGAGCGAUGCAAUGGAGACAGUAUAAAGUGACAUUUUUUAUAGGUAGAGAGCCAUGUCUAUCAAUACAGACGCAUGCUGGGUUUCUGACCAGAUAAGAUACAGUGUGCGCAUAUAGAUCAGUGGUUUUCAA